AUGUGUGAUAUAAGUGGUGUUGCUCUAGGUGCAGUUUUGGGCCAAGGAAAAGAGAAGUUUUUCCACCCAAUUUAUUAUGCAAGAAAGACAUUGAAAGAUGCUCAACGUAAUUAUACAAUUACGGAACAAGAGUUGUUAGCGGUGGUGUAUGCUUUUAAAAAGUUUUGGGCCUAUUUGUUGGGCACGAAAGUGGUGAAAGAUCGAAAGAGAUGUGAAAAUCAAGUAGCCGAACACCUUUCUCGCCCUGAAUCCAGUCAUGAGAAGUUGGGCGAGAUUGAUUUUGAUUACACCUUCCCCUAUGAUCUAGUCAUGUCACUUUCGAGAAGUAUUACACCUUGGUAUACGGAUUAUAAUAACUAUAUUGUGAGUGGUGUGCUUCCCGAUGAGCUCAAUCAUUAUCAAAAGAAGUGGUUCUUAUCUGAUGUGAAAAAGUAUUUUUGGGAUGAACCAUUCUUGUUUAGUGAGUGUACGGAUGGUGUGAUCCGUAGGUGUGUCAUGAAUGCAAAAAUGAGAGCUAUUCUUAAGGCAUAUCACUCCUCGCCAUUCGGUGGUCAUCAUAGUAGGAUCCGAAUGGCCGCUAAGGUUCUUCAAAGUGGAUACUAUUGGUCUACCCUUCAUAGAGAUGCUUAUGAGUUGGUAAAAACAUGCCCUCAGUUCCAAAUGAAAGGUGGUGUUUCGAGAAGGCAUAAGAUGCCUCUUAAGCCUAAUCUUGAGGUUGAACUAUUUGAUCCAUCAAUUAUAUCUCAAUGUGGGUGGAAGCCAUUGCUUUACCAAACAAUGAAGGUCUUUGGAGCUUUGCUUCAUAAGUAUGGGGUGAAGCAUAAGGUUGCUACUCCUUAUCACCCCUAA